ACUAUAUUUACAUAUGUACGUCGUUUUCUACAUGUGUACCUUAAUAAUUUUGACUGAACCAGAACUUUUAAUCUCCUAGGCAAGUCAUGAGUUUCAUCUGCAAUUCGCCGACCACCUUUCUGCUUUUCGUGGUUUGUAAGUAUCCGCAUCUCUGUUCAAUACCUUUUUUUAUUGUUUAGUUGUUAUGCAUACUACAGAAGCACAGUAUUUUAUUUUACGAAUUACGGAAAAGGGUAGACUGAAACAGACCUUUUAAAUAAAAGGUACAAGACCUUUGAAGUAAUGAAAUAAGUAGCUAUAGAGCAAAUUACAGUUCUUUUGGGAUUGCUAAAGUAGGGUAGUUUCUAGUUGGUUUUUACUUAUUUUACAAUGAACUUAGCUGCGUUGAUUUGUAGAUUAGGUAAACACGGACUAUAAUAUUGUUCAAAGAUUAAGGUAAAUUAAAGGUGAAUUAAACCGGGAAAUAUAUAUACCUGGAGUUUUGAAAACCAGGUUAGCAAGAAUAUCAACUCAUUAUACUACUUGGAGAUUUGAAACAAUAAAUAAUCAUUCAAAGUCCGAUUAAAAGCCUUUAUCUGACGUCGUGCAGUAAGUGAGUGGUCCCUAGAAGCGCUUCAACGAGUCCAAAUUUAUAAUGACGCAAAUUUUAGAAUAUUUAUUGAGUAAUCUGACUCCGUGAAGUUUCAAACUGGUGUCAAUUCAGUCUAGAAAUUUUUAAGUUGUGUGAACAGCAACCAAAAAGUGCCUGGUUAAGGCUUACAUAACAACGAUAUUGGACGAUACAGACUAUGCGAAUCGUAAUAAUUUUGUCCCAUUACAGAGCUUGACAUGAUGCUCUCCGGGAAACUUCUCCCAAGGUGACCAAAAACCAGCUUUAGCGGAACCAGCUUUAGGCGGGCUCUGAUUUCAAAUAACUGUCACUUGUGUUAAAGAGAGAACUGAGGGUAGGGACGAAACAAAAAACCAAAGAGAGAGGGAGGUGGGGUUGGAUACACAAAACCACAAAACCCCCCCCCCCCCCCAAAAAAAAAAAAAAAAAAUAGAUAAAUAGAUAAAUUAAUAAAAUAAAAUAAAAAACAAAACUGAAGCAAACAACACAGUAAACAAACUAAGACAGGUGAAGUUGAAAGAAAUUAAUAAAUGUUUGCUACCCCGAAUCAGCCAAGUACAUAUAUAUCGUUCACGUUUUAUAGUUGUAGAUUGCAGUAAGGAAAACGCCAGAAACAGCACAAAUAUAAAGCAAGGAAGCCAAAGACUGGAGCAAGAAAACAGACAAACUAUCAAACACUGAGUUUAUGCUUCGAAAUCCUUGAAGGACAGUGUUGCGGAUGGAUGUUUACCGCAUAGUAUAUGUGGCAGUAAUAGAGCUAUGGGUAUUUCCGACGAAAUGGAAGUCGUAUCGAUUGCUGUUGAUGAAUCGAAGAUCGUAUAGAAAUUAAAUCGACUAUAGUGAUGCGAUUGUGAAUCUGAGCAAGUUCGACAACGUUAUUCAUGCGAUAGUGAUAGCAAAGGAAUCUACCCCCCAAAAAAGUAUUCUACACGUUCAUAGUUUCGGUUUUGCUCAUCAAUUAACCUGCUGCUUUUCAUAUUUGCUCGUUUCCUUUUUCUUCGAAUUUGCAAGUAGCUCGACCACAGAAAACGAUUCUUGAAAUGCGAAGCGCACGACUAGAACGAUGUGAGAAGGAACUCAUAAAGACGCUCAACAUUUUCGAAUUUUGUGAAGAAUAAACUGACAGAUUAUAACCAUAAAUCUUUCGCUUUUAGUUUCAGUGUUUAUCAAAGCCAAUCAGUGUUUAUCAAAGCCAGCUUUUGUUUCUGGGCCAGACAAAAUAACGAUUAAUGCAACGACAGGAUCAACACAAACAUUCACCUGGAAGUUAAACAUCAGUCAGGAACAUAAAAAUCGGGAAUUAAAGGCCCAGUUUGGACCUUGGAAUAGAAGCUACAAACUUGUGAAGCCAUUCAUAACGUUUAACUCAUCUCGAAAUCCCCCUGUUGACAAGUCUCCGAAGAAUCGUAUGUCCCGGCGUUUGUACUGGGUUGGAGAUUUGAAGCGAGACUACUACAUCGCCUUUGAACUUGUCAAUAUUCAACGUGAUGAUGCUGGUGAUUAUGGUGUGAAGUUACGUGUUGACAACUAUUCUCGUCGCCCCUUGACUUUACAAACUUGGUUUACUCUCAAGGUUGAGGUACGAAAAAACAAUCUUAUAGUUUUUUUGCAAAAAAACUGAACUAUCAUUGUUUUUCUCUGUUAACUGUACCCAUCCAAUUUGAGCCAUUAGAAAGUGUGCACAAGACACACAUCGUUCGACAUCGUAUUCUUUUAUGCUCAGAUAACCAAACAAUUUGCACUUUGCUGUCAGAUCGGUAAUCCUUUCUGGCCCUGUAACGUGCCCUGAAAAUUCCGCUUAUUUAAAAGAGGACUAAGUUAUCAUGCAGAUUAUCCUUGUACAAAUUCAAGUUUUAAUUUCAUACUACACGGGACAAAACUGUUCGGCUGGAUUGACGUUUUGAUAUACAAACAUAAAACAAGCCAGGAAACCUCAAUUAUAUUUUUGACUUUUGGACUUUAUUAGAUUACACACAUGGAAAAAUAUUUUCAUGUUUAUUACAUCCACUUUGAAAUCACUAGCUAUCCGUGCAAUCUGAUUGGCUAUCAGCAGUGUGAUUUAUUCCUAAAUCGCACCAUUUUUGUUCUAUAUCCCAUUCGCAUCAUUUCUGUUUCGAAUACAAAAUGAGAUGUAAAAGCCCUUUUGUAUCGGCUUUUUAACAAACCCGCUUCUUGAUCAAUAAAAUACAGUAUUGGUACUGACUGAAUUCUGUGAUUUCAAAUGGCUCUAAUAAAGUGGUAAUUGAACUUCGUGUCGUGCAAUUUUGAUCUGAAAUCAUACUUGUGAUUUCAAAUCGAACUCGCCCUGCGCGCUCGUUUGAUUUUGAAAUCAUGCGUAUGAUUUCAGACCAAAUUUCACUCCACUCCAAACUAUUACACGUAUCUUACAACCUUACAAUAUACGUGUUGGACACAAACCGAUAACCACUUUACGGCGACUGCUUACUAAUAGCGACCUUUAGCAAUGAAGAAAACGGAGGAGAAACUUAUGAAAAGCAAUGCGACAUUUUCUGCUAUUUACCAACGAGACUGGCGCCUUUGAGUCGAUGUGAUUAAGUUUCAAUGAAGGUUAUUCUGUCCGGCUUUUUUAAAGAGGAGAAAAGGUUUCCAAUAAUCUGUUGGCUCGCUAUAAAUUUUGCCAUUACUAACAAAGAAAUCCGAAAGUUGUGUUUGCUGUUAAGAGGUGAGAUAAAUUGAAAAAUGAUUUUGUUCACCAUUUUAUAGUGAUGAGCAGUGUUAUUUCUAAAGCAGUAACAGUUAAGUCAGCUCUUAAUUGACGACGAUGCUUUCCAUUUAAUUUUCCUUCUAGGAUCCACCGCCAACGCCGUCUGUUGGUAAGAAUAUGCAAUACUUUAUUUCAUGAUGCACUAAUGUUGGGGCAGAAAAUACUUAUGAUUUGCAAAUGAAAAAAGAUAUGAACCUGCUAUUAAAUAAGUAUGCGCCAAAUGAAGGCUUUCUCGCUCAGUGUCGAAUGCUGUCAUACAGAAGAACCCCGAUAACUAGCGAAGGGUUGACGACAACAACAACAACAACAAAAACAGUUCAAGUUAGCGAGCGUUCGAGUUAUCGGCAUCGAUUGUAUAUUCAAUUUUCCGUAUCAACAAUUGCUAGUUACUGAUUUUGCAUCACUUCAGUGUACAGUACGGUGGAAACUUACUGGUUUCAUCAGGAAAUACAGUAAUAAUGCAUUUUUGUGACAAAACAUGUCUGUCGCACAUAUUAUAAUCACAUAGUUGUGAUAGUAAGUUUUUAGCGUUUUUACGGAUUGCACAACAAGAAAAGCUAAUGGGAUGGCAUCCUAGUGGAGUUACAAGAACCAGAAUUUGAAUUAUCUGGGUAAAUUUCAGUGAAGUUUCGAUCAAUCGGGGUUUAGCUUAUUUGACUGCGCCUUGGAAAACCAAUUCUCGACUCAAGAAAAUUGGACCUAGGUGUAGUUUCAGAGGGCUCGUGGAUUUGAACCAUUUAGGCCGGUUUUUGCAGAUAAGAAGGUGAGAGUAAUUUGUGUACUAUGUUUUAAUUAGUUUGUUGUCUAUUCCAUGCGAAAUCCUGUCAUUUAUCGGACCGCGAAAUUUGGAAAAUAGUAGUGUUUUGCAAACUAUUUAAGUUGUUAUGUAAGCCUUGAGCAGGCACUGCAUUUCGGCGGCAUUUCUCUCAACUUAAACCGUCUAGACUGAAAUAAAUGACACCAGUUUGAAACUUCACAGAGUCAGAUAACAGAAUAAAUGCUCUAAAAUUUGCGUCAGAGCAGAGCUGGAUAACUUGCUGUUUAGGAUACUUACAUAUACAGUUAAAGAAACAUUCAAAAUGGCGGUAAAAUUAUUGGGGAGUAAUAGCCUCCCAGCCCCUCUCCCGGCUCCGCGGUCCGCUGUAAGUAAUAGGAUGAGACUCCGAGAUACGAGUCGUGUGAAUCGGCUAUGUUGCUAACAUAGUAUACUGUCUUAAGCCUGAUUUUGCGCAGCUGUUGAUAAAAGUCACUCUUGAGACAGCUUAAAUAAUGGAGAAAUGGAUGAAGUUUUAUCCUUAACCCACAGAUACUCGACACAUUACUCUGAACGUCAAGGAUGGGGAUCCCUUGAAUAUCACGUGUCGUGCCAGCAUGGAAGCGAGUCCAUAUGUGGUGUGGUUUAAGGACAAAGUUCCCAUUUAUACAGGACAUAGCAAGUUUUUGUUUCUCACAAAUGUGAACAGAUCACAGGCAGGGAACUACGUUUGCGUCUCCACAAGCCCAUCUGGAAAUACUUCAUCACCUGUUACGACUGUUAACGUUCUCUGUGAGUAUUUCCUUUUCCUACAUGUGCUAAACAAGUCUGAGAAUAUACGACCUUUUUUCAAGUAGACGAAAUGAAAAGUAAAUUAGAAAGGGACGUAAUUCUAGAGUAAGGCCUCUAUGACCUUUUAUUAAGCAUACACGAGAACCAGUGAGUACCACGGCAUAAUUCUUAAACACACGUCCUCGGCUAAACUAGUGAACAACCUGGGCACACAAUUGCAAUAAGUCAGAGCUCGUAGCUGUCGACAUCUAAUACAUGCAUGUUUCACUAUGAAACUAUUUUAACAGUCUAAAAACUGAUGCUAAAUAUAAUUAUAUUACACGAAGGCUGAACAUUAAUAGGUCAAAUACCAUGUAUAGGAUAUUAUUUAAUCGAUCAAAAGAUAAUCAAGUUUCUAUAGUUAAUUAAACAACAAGUGAAAAUUAGACAUUAUCUUGGUCAAAUGUGUUUGAAUAAGUGCAAUUCUGCAUUUUUUAUCAGCGCUAGUUUGAAUAAAUAAGAUAAGCAAGCAAACAAAGAAAUGAAUGAAUACUUCAAUAAUUUGAAUUGCAAUUGGUCUGGCUAUCUUCUUUACAUCUCAAACUCGAAUGCAUACCCACAAGUUUUAACCUUAAUGCCUGUUUUUGCGCCGUUUCGGUCUGAAAACAGUUACAGAUUUUGUCCGUUUUGGUCUGCAAUCGGGUAUGGCUCGAGGGAACUACGGGAUCGAGUGUGUGAGCACAUUUGUCGUUUCAAUUCCAAGUGAAUAAGAAAGAAAGAGUAAUUUGCAAAGUCGAAAAUGAAUUUCAAAAUAUUGGCGUUCCCGGCAAUCUAAGUAAUAGGGAACUUAAGAUGGAGACGUUUUCGGGGCGACGGCGACCGGACUGGCAGAGAAAGCCUGGAACUAAGGCAGCCGUCGCUCCCCGUCAAAAAUAGAACAUUAAGAUCGCAGUGAACUCAGAAGGACGGCGCCUUUAAUUAGAAGAAUACCGAAGAGGAAAAUAUGGCUUCACAUAAAGAAUUAAGAGAAUAAAUAUUUGCUAUGCAGACAACAUGUAUCGGAUGAAGAGUUUCUCGUUUUGUGGAAAACUUAUGAGUCCAAAAAUCCCGAUUUUCCUCGGGACAGUUACGAUCCGUUCACGCUAAGAAACAUGCGGGAUGCAGCUGAGUUCAAGGCAGAAUUUCGUGUUGAAAAAAAAUGAUCUCCACAGGCUUGCCGAAACCUUGCAAAUUACAGGAACAUUAAAAUGCUACCAAGGAACCGUAUUCUUAGUUUGGCAUUGAAAUAAUUCCCGGGAAAUACUUGCAUGCAACAACAACAACAACGGCAACAACUUUAUUUCAGUAUUCCCACGCCGAGUUAGUACAUGGUAUUACCUACUAUUCUAUAUAAUUUUCAAUGCGUUUCAUUUAUACGAUGUUCUAACGAAAAGAGCGAACUAAAAACACACAAUUGAAAUAUCGGAGUUCAUAUUUUUUGUCUGGAUACUUUUAUUUGGCUCGUGGGAAAAUUUUGUCGCAUGUCAAGCUCACUUACGGUUGGCUGUUUGCCAAGUUGGAUCUUGACCCUGUGAAAUGAAAACAUAGAAACAUUCAAAGAUGUAAGUUUAGCGAACAUAGCUUGGAAAUCGAGCUUGAAAUGUGCCUCAAAGAAAACAAGGACAAUUUACGAACGAUAAUCUGCAAAAUGUUGGUUGCUAAACGCAACAAACCUGAUUGAAAUGACAGUUAAAUACUCACGUUUUCGCCACAACGCCAAACAGACCAGUUUCACGUCGCCGACGGGACCACGACGGCAAGGUGGUGAGCACGAGCAUGCGCAAUAUCCAACAAAUGAUGAUGUCACGUCCGGUUGAAGUUGCCGUCGCCCCGAAAACGUCUCUAUCUUAAGUUCCCUAAUGAUGACAUAUAGUUUCUGCCCAUGUGGGUCUGGAUUUUAGAGGCCAGGUCUGAAAACGGAUGUGGAAAAUGACAUUUUUGCUCUGAAAUAGGGUCAGGAUGUGGAGAAACGGGGGGCACACCUCACCGAGAAUUGCCAGGAGUACCCCCGGAGUGUAUUUAUAUCAGCUAUUAUAUCUAUUAUAGUUAUCUCUUCAAGUGUUAAAAGUUGGCUCUAAUUUUUUUCUGUUAUUAGAUUUGUGUAUUGAUUAGGCUACGAAAUAAGGUUAUCGUUUUAAUUUUUUCUGUUAAAUGUGACGUGUCUCUUUUAGAUGCGCCAAGAAUUGUUCAUUCAAGCAAGCGGCUGAAGGGAAGUUUAAUAGCGCUGAAGUGUGAAGCAAAAGGAAAUCCUUCACCAACAUUUACUUGGCGCAAUGAGUACGAAAGAAUACACGAGGGUUUCAACACUAGCUGGAACUCAAGCUCUUUAAUCGUCACUCAAAAGAAUGAUGUCACAUUCUAUGUAUGCACAGCGACGAAUAAGAUUGGAUCGGACUCAUAUGCAUUCUCACUGCACGAGAAAGGCAAGUACAGUGCACCAAUUUGACGAAAAACAUUGUGGUAAUGAUUAUCACUAGGGUUGUAACAUGUUUGAUAUAUCUUCGUAAUUGAUGUUGAGAGUUGCUGUCCUGGCCACAAUCCAAAUUUUUACCAUUAGUAAUAAGUUCCUGAUUAUAUUACACUAGGAAAGUAAAAAACACACAACUAAACUAAAACAAGAUACCGGGCAGUGACAGAUCCGCGGGGCCGGUCCCCCCAUUUUUAGGAAAGCCCAACAGUGGAACUCGAAGACUAAAAACGUACAUUACUUGAAACAAUAACCCUUGCCCUGUUGAAUGGAAAUUAACCAAUCCCAAAAAUCAAUGCAAAGGAUAUUAAAAUUUAGAAUAGUUAUACUUGUUUGGCAAAGAAACGCACUUUAAAAGCAAAAUGCUGGAGUUGCACGAGAAAAGUUUACAGAUGUAUUUUUAACCCUAACAUGGCAGUAAUGAACGUUUUGUCUUUGAUUAAGGGUUUUUUCCCUGUGUCCGAGCUAGGCCUGUAAGCCGAAACAUUGCUACAUGCGAGUAGUCUGGAGAGAGUUGUUCAAAAGUAUUAGGGAAACCAAUGGUGAAUGAAUUGGAUAGCACCAUCUACUUAGCCUAGUGAACAAGCGGUGCGAGACGAACAGAAACACUAAUGUUGACUGAGUGUGACCGAGGUGGGUCCUUCACACUGGAUGGAUGCAUUUGCAGCAUGCAUAGAAGCAACCAGUCUGGCAUUCACAAGCGUGGUCGAGAAUUUGAACUUGGGAUUACUGUGAUCAAAUCCAGCUAACUUUCAGGGCGGGACUUAAAGUAUUGCAAGACCAGCACGCCUGUACUGCUGCUUUCUUUUUGCACGCAUUUAGACUGUUCUGCGGUUUAGUCAAGUAAGCGUUCUUUUUUCUCAAAACUUCAUUCCAAACUCAGCCUUACUUAUUGCUUGCUAACAGGUCCAGAAGAGUCAAGAAUUUCGAAGUCUUCAGGUAAGAAAAAGAACCAUAUACAUGUAAUUAUAUAAAUAUAAGUAAAGUAAAAAGAGAAAUUAAGGAUGCCGUGUUUGACUGACUGCAUCGAACUCGUGGCUCUUAGUGGAAAAAACUGCACUGCGCCGAUCUCUUAAGUGGAGAGUCACAUAUUGGAUAGCUUCACAUUGUCAGAAAAACAGAUAGCUUCUCGUGUCACCGUAUUUUUUUUAAUCUUAAAAAUUACUACUCUGUAAUUAGGUUUGUGUUGUGACAAAAACAAUUUUACUUAAGUAUGUGUAAUGGCCUUUCGAUAACAUUGGUACUCGCCCUUUUCUUGAAACAGAUACUGAAGACAGUUCACUUUUCAAAUACAUAUCUAUAUCCGUGGUGUUGGCUAUAGUUUUGGUUUGUGCUAUUGUCAUUCAGCGAUGUGUCGUGAAAAGACAUAAAGAACGAAAAGAAGGUAAGUAUAAAACUGAAACCACGUUCCACUUGGCUAUGGCUAUGUGGGGUUAUGUAGGGCUAUGUGUGGCUAUGCAGGGCAAUGAAGGGUUAUGUAAUGCCAAGUAAAGCUGUUUAGGGUUAUAUAGUGCUAUGUAGGGCUACUUAGGGAUGGCUAUCUAAGGCUACGUAGCGCUGUGUAGGACUACGUAUGGCUAUGUAGGACUAUGUAGUGCUUUGUAGGGCUAUGUAUGGCUGUGUGUGGCUAUGUGGGGCUAUGUAGGGCUAUGUAGGACUAUGUGUGAGUGAGUGAAUGAGUGAAAACUUCAUUUACCCACGGUAAUUUUAUCAAAUAACUUUACAAUAAAGUAUCUGUUCUACCUAAAAGCCGUGCAUUGAUUAAUUUACAUAAAGAUAGAGAUAUAUGUCUAAAAACUAAACUAAGAAAGGAUCGCACACAACAUUAAACCUAAUAAUACAACUGAAAUUAUGAUGCUUGCGGAAGUUGUGUAGAUAGUACGACCUGAUCUUAGUCUUAAAUUGUAUAAAAGAAGUCACUUUCUUUAAACUGAAAACUGGUUCCGUAAAUAAAUAAGAGAUUUAAAAAUAUGAACAGAUUGCCUUAAUUUAAGAAAAAUAAGUCCAAAUAGUCCUGUAGUCAAAGUUCUCUGUCCGGAGGCUGUUCUGAAAAGGGAGAUGUUUAGAUUUUGGCUCCAGUACUCCGAAUUGUUCGUUCGCUAACUUGCUCACGGGUAAUGAAUGGGAUGUAAGAUAUUCAGGGGCGUGACCGGUCGUGCAUUUGGAGGCCAUAAUAGCUUGUCGAUCGAUAAUACAGGUGGUCCUUAACAGGCAGCCAAGACAGGCUUUUUAAGAGUGGUGUUACAUGAUCAUAUUUUUUCGCACCGCUGACGAUUCGGCAAGCAAAGUUUUAACAGCCUGCAAUUAGUCAUGUGAUAUAAAAGCUAAGUAUCAAUGUGAAGCUGUUGCUUUAGUACGUUAUUUUCAGUCUGUAAACCACCCAGGCCCAAAUAAAGAGAGUUGUUUCUGUUGUUGUCGAAUGCCUAAGCGUGGUAUUCCUCAAAAUACUGCUAAAUACUGACAUGCUUUCUGUUGGAGCCUUAAAAAGCACAAACAAAAUAUCCAUAUUUAUGAUUUCAAUGAUGUAUUUAGUUUUUUCAUGUUGUUUUUUAUUUGAUAUCCUUACAUUAAUUUAUGAUUUCAGGCGAUGCUUCCGACAGAAUCAACACGUAAGUUUCUUUGAGUUAUUCUUUACCCACGGUAUUUUUUUAACAGUUGUUAAUAUAAAAUUGUGAGUAUGAAAAGAGACCUUAUUCCCUGGGAACGUAAUCGUAACUCGCUUUCUCACCGGAGUUCGUUGAACUUGUGAAUGCAGAGUUAAUUUUAUUCUUAGAUCGCCGCUACAGUCGCAGUUCUUCAAUUCUUAUAGGUUUUGCGGCCUUGUUUCAGCUGUAAAUUAUAUUAGGACGCAAAAAGAAAUUGUUUCCAAACAGGGCAGUGUAAAAGCAGGCUGCGGACUGACUGUGGACUAUAAAGGGUUAGAAAACAAUGGGACUUUUGUUGUCACGUUCUCAUUUGCAUGAAAACAAUAUAGUCUGCAGUCUGCGUUUUACGUUUUAAAACCCUUCAAGAUUUUAAUAUCCCUUAGUUCUAUGAAAAUCCUGUUUCAUGUCCAAUUUUAUAAGUGGCGAUUUUUUGUGUGUAUGUCAAUACAAUUAGUGUAAUUAGUGUGCUUUAGGUGCUAGUAAGCUCUUGAGAAUGUUGUUGCCUUUUUGUAUAGGCACUCUUCCCUUGAAGUCGCUCCGAUGGAGGCGCUUUAUUCUGAAAUAGAUUCGCUGCUUUUUGGAGAUAUUGAAUGGGAAAUACCACGAUCAAAUCUAAAGGUCGAAAAGGAGAUUGGGAACGGCUCAUUUGGAGUGGUGUCACGUGGUUUGGCGUUCAAUUUACCUGGAAAACCCGAGUGGACUGUUGUGGCAGUGAAGAGCAUUAAAGGUCAUAUGACUUAUGUGCAACUUUACGCGAAACAAAACAAUACGUGAAUUUAUAUUUUAUCCGUUGUCACCAUCCAUUUACCACACAUAACAUGACAAAGAUUGCUUGCAUGCCUCAGUUCAAGAGGUUGACAAUGCUGUGUAUUUUAUUCUAUUUUAUCAGAAGGUGCGUCUGAAAGGGAAACACGAGACCUGUUGUCGGAAAUGUCACUUCUCAAACACCUUGAUCCUCACCCACACGUCAUUCGCCUUUAUGGCUGUGUCACAACUGAAGGUCAGUACAACACUAUACACAACAACUCCCACACAAAGAGCUGUUCUCGCUAUAAUAACUGGCUUAUAGAACCAAAAAAAUGUUCUUUCGACAUUUCUUCAAAACAGUACUAACAAUGACCGAGCAAAUACCUACUAGGGCUGCGAAAAUAAUGAAGGGCCAAGGACGUAUAACCCUUAGUUGUUGUGUUGCGUUAAAACAAGUUUUUUACUCUUCUUUGUUAAGUACCCAUAAUCGUAUCUUAUGAGACCGUUGCUCGCCGAACUUUACAUAAUUUUGCAUAACCGCGUUUAUAUGUUACAAAUUUGGACAGUAGGCCCUGCGUGAAAGGCUGACACUGACUAUGACAUCAUGACGACACGCACAGUCUCACGUGAACCAAUUCUGAAAAUUGCAUUGCCAAAUCAGGUUAUAUAAAAAAUAUGGAAGUAAAUCUCAUAUCAUUGAUUUGAAAGAACGUCCCCUGGCUGUGGUCGAGUAUGCACAGUUUGGUGACUUGCUUGGUUACUUGAGGAAAAGCCGGGGCAUGCGUGAUAACUACUACAGUGACCCGUCAAUCAAACCUAUCACCAGCCUCACUUCGAAGCAGCUCCUGAAGUUCGCGUGGGAGAUAAGUGAUGGAAUGGAGUAUCUGUCCAUGAAAAAGGUAAAUCAGUUGAACACUUUUAAGCGUCUGGGUAGGUUUUUUGAAAAAUAAUAAUAAAGAAACAGAAACAUGUAAAAACUAACGAGAUAAUAUUCCGACCCGCUUCCGGCGACAUCAUCACGCCAUUAUCAAGGAAUUUAGCCUGCGUAGCAGGCCCAAGAAAGAACGGGCGGGCGAGAGCGUGUCUCCCUCUCGCGCGUUCGUUAUUUCUUGUGCCCACUACUUCCAAGCGCCUGCUACGCAGGCUAGGAAAAAUGAAAAUGCGAGUUCAAAAGGAGUUAAAGUACUCUGAAUUUGCAUGAAUGAACACAGAUAGAAAAAGAUCUGAGCACAUAUUGAAUCCAUUUGCACUUUCAAAGGCGAUCUUAAUUAUUUGAUAUAAAACAUUUCUUUAACGAGGCGGUCAAAUUUGUUCUUGCAUUUAUUCAGCACUCUAAAGCAGCUCAAAAGGUCCUCAGGGACAGCGCCCUUUAACCCGCAUUUUUAGUUUUCCGUUCCCUUGAUAAUGGCGUCAUGAUGUCGCCGAAACGUGGGAACAUUAUCUCCUUAGCCUUUACUUGUUUGUUUCUCAAAAUAAUUAUUAAUAAAUAACAAAGAAACUACUCUUUUAAUCAUCAAUUAGUGCUUUUGCACAUAAUGCGUAUAAAGUAAAAUUCUGGACGCAAAGAAUUGGGACGAGAAACGAAAGGCCUGUGGAAAGACUUCUUUUUAAUCCCAUAAUUUUGAUUAUUUGACAGAUAAUCCACCGCGAUUUAGCAGCUAGAAAUGUAUUGGUCGGUGAAGGAGAGGUGUGUAAAAUAACUGACUUUGGUAUGGCCCGGGAUGUGCAGGAAGAAGACAUAUAUGUUAGAACUCAUGAGGUAUUUAAAUUUAUUUGCUUUUUCAAUUCCUAGCUCAGUUAAAUCCUGUAAUACGGUUAUUUGAAGAGUGAAACAAACAAGAAACUGUGUACGCAUUUUUAAUGGCAGUGUAUUAUUCCCUUUUGCGAUAUCAGUGAUGGGCAUAAUUGUGAUAUAUUAAUUCAUCCUGAAUUCAUUGAAAAGGACCAAAACACUUAACUUUUAAAUUUUGUAAGUGAAAACUCUAUUUGCCGCGUUUUUGGUCCUCUUGGACAGGAAGGUGUGGUUGGGAGGCGGGGGCGGUUAGUUCACUAACAUCUGAAAAUUAGGAAUAUUGAAGCUCGAUCUGUAGGAGAUAUGCCAAUGUAGCUUUUAAAUUCUAGGGACGCCUUCCAAUCAAGUGGACAGCACCAGAGGCCUUGAUCGGCAGCGGGGCGUAUACAACAGCCAGCGAUGUGUAAGUAAUUAAUAUUCAGUCACCUGUUUUGAGAUUCCGUUUAAUUUAUCAGCAAUCAUCAUUAUUAUCAAGUCUCAUCGCGCCAGUAGGCGCAAAAGGUCCUCACGCUGACUGACCAACGCUUUCUGUCUUGUGCAACCGCUUUGGGUACUUCCCAGCUCUUCCACCCACCUUUGUUUCGCGAGUCUUUCUCGACUGUCCUUCUCCAAGUAGUUUUUGGUCUUCCUCUUGCCCUCCGAGCUUCAGGAGUCCAUCCUAAUUUAUCAGCAAUCAUAUACCCAAAAGUGUUGUCCACUGGUGUGAUAGCAGUAAAAACCCGCAUAUAAGAACUAGAAUUUUGGAGUUCAGACUGAACAGGUUCUUAUAUUUUGGGGUAUUUUUUCGAAUAACAGGCUGAUUAGGUUCUUAGUAGGUUCUUAUUAUUUUGCAAAAGUUAUCUAGUGAUAGCAUUCGGGGAACUGCAAUAGUACCAAUAUGCUAUAAUUGUUAAGCAUUUACAAAAAUGUCAAGCCUUGUUGUCGAAACAAGUCCUGUAUCAUGGUCCAAGAGAAAAGUCCUGUAUUUUUUUAUAUUGUAUUAAAAAAAACUGUUUUGAUUUUUAAAUGUACUGUACAGUUUUUGUGUUUGUAACUACAGCAAAGUUUUAUGGAAUGAGUAAUAUUUUUUUGGUAAGACUAAAAAGCAGUACACCACAAAAAUUUUCACAAUUAAAAUCCAGAAUUUGAACUUCAAAUCUGGAGUGUUUUUUAUUUAAGAACCUUUUUUUCUUUGUCAGGCUGAAUAGGUUCUUAUAUAUUUGGGUAUUAAAAUGCAAAAUUUCAGCCUGUAGGUUCUUAAAUCACUAGGUUCUUAUACGUGGGUUCUUACUGUAGGAACUGUAUGUAGGAACCCUUCACGACACUUAACUCCAACGAUAACAAGCAUAAAACUGGACACUCAGAAAACAAAAAUACCCAUAGAUUUUUAUCCAAAAAAAUUCACUUUAUGUGCGUUUGGUUUGCGUAGGUGGAGCUUUGGUGUGGUCCUAUACGAAAUCUUCACUGUUGGUAAGUUAAAGGGGCUACUUCACGCUUUCACUAGAAUUGGUUUUCAAAAUCUAUUGAAUACCAGAAAUCAGGUUCCAGUUUUCAGAUGUUUAAGACUCUAUUUAAGUAUUGAAACGGUUUCUUGUCGUUUGUUGCAACGCGGGAUGGCAUGGAUGGAAAUGGAUUGAGACUUGAAAAAGUUGGGCUAACCCAGUUUUAAUGAUAUGCCUGCAAAAAAAUCUUUUGGCAAUUACUCCCUGAUGGAAAUUGUUUGAUAUCUUUUUCAUAACUCUAUAGGAACAUUUUGUGUAUGGUUAAAUGACUUCAGCACAGAAUAGUCCUUUUGCUUUUUGUAAACACGAAAACAGUUCGCUUUUGUAAAAUUUUGUUAGCACGACCUUAAAGAGCAUAUUGAAAUAACGUAACCUGUAAAUUUUCAGCCGUGUACCUCAAAAGUAGCGAUUGAAGAGGCCGCCGAAAAUUAGAAGGAUUUGAAUGGGAAAAACAACUCUUGCCACCAAUCACGUUUGAUUGGUUUUACAAAAGAACCCUUGUACAUUUCGAAAUUUCGAAACUGUCUUAAAAAAUUUCCUUUUAAAAGCAUUACGGGGCUCAAAUCUCCUUUUUAUUCAAUAUAGGCAAUUUUAGCCCUUAAAUGCGUAAGGGAAAAAUUUAAGGACAGUUAAAAAUUCAAAAUUUGCAAGGAUUUUUUUAUUUUCGCCUGACUGCUGAUAAAACCUUGCCAAGAAGAAUUGUUUUACUCUAUUUUAGGAGGUGAUCCUUUUCCAGGCGUAUACAUGAAAGAUAUGAUCGUUUUAUUAAAGAACGGCUACCGCAUGUCACGACCCAAGUUUAUCAGUCAAACACUGUAAGUACAAUGGUACCCGUUCAUUCUUGUGACUGUCUGUGUUAUAGUACAUUACGUAUAUUUUGGAGGAGUGUUUUAAAAUGCUUUAAGAGCUCGUAAUAAUGGAAUCGUUUAAUACUGACAAAGGUACGACGUUAUGAUGGAGUGUUGGAAAAGCGAUCCAUCUUACAGACCAAGUUUUGGAUGCUUAAGCUCACAGCUGCAGACGAUGAUGACAGAAGAAGAGCAGGUUAGUAAUAUGAAAAUAACCCUAUCAGCUUCUAAAAAUGAUUGUUCAAAUGGAUCUUUUAUGCAAACUAAAGUCACUUGUUCUAUUUUUUCCCUUAGGAAUACGUCAACCUGGCUGAACUCUUCUAUGAAAAUGUACAGCUGGCAAAUUGUUAGAAGAAGAUUGUACAUUUCUGGAAAGGAACUUCUUAUGCCUUGUGCAAAUUUAAACCGUUUGACAGUGAUAUCAAUAGAAAUAAAUUUGCUUCAGUUUUGCUAUAAAUAUAAUCUAUAUAUCUAAUGAUCGAGCCAUUUCUGGACGAAAAUAAUACCAUAUGAAAAAAAGAACAAAAAAGAAAAAGGACUGUGUAACAUUGCAACCUGGCGUAAGAUAUUUUACUUAAAUUUAAAACGUAACAAUUCUAGACGUUUGGAGAAGAAUUUGUUUUAAGCAUAGCUAAGUAUCACGAAAAAAUAUUGAAUACGCCAACAGUUAUAUUCCUAGCAAUAAAAGCGAGUAGUUUCUCAAUUCAUAUUGUGCUCAAGUUUUUCUCUGUUAAUUUUACAUUAAUUUUAGGGCCCUACGAUUUUUUGUGAUAAUAUUUCUUAAGCAUUUUUGUUGUUUUAAAACUUUAUUUAGUCAUUACUCUAUAUUUUUAUUAAAAAUAUAAUUGACUGC